ACCACCAAAAACCUCUCCCCCAAGAAGAUUCUCGCAAAGCAUUCCACAGUCUACACCGCCCCAGUCUCUCUGUUUUGGCUUUUACCCUUUCAUCAACACAAUCACCGACUCUCUGUAGUAGCUCCCAUGGCGGAUUUACUCAUACAUUCAAGAUCCUGCAUUUAAACAGCCUCUCUCACAGAUAUUUUAUUCGAAUUCGUCAGUUUGAUUUAGAACACAAAAUUGGAAAUCCGUCGAUCGUUGUCUUUGAUUGAUGUUACCAAGUCUUGCCUCAAUUCAAUUAGGCAAGUGAGUUUGUUUUCAACCAUUUGUGCCGCAUCACAGUCCUUCCUAAUGCAGCUUUAGAAUUAGAGCAAAGAUCAAUCAGAAGAGGCGGAAAGAACUGGAGCAAUCAUUUCUAACCAUGUUUUAUAUAUACAUAUAUUGUAUCACAUGUAUUUGACCCACAGUAUCGUACACCUAUUCUCCCAUCAGCUCCCUUCCUCACUGCAUUCCUCUUCCAUAGGCUGGAGCAACGACUGGGGUCAAAAAAGAUUGGAAGUGGAGGAUGAAGCUCAUUGGAAGAGGCUGUCAAAAAGCGUGGUGAAAGAGAGGAUUUUGGGGACUUAGGGGGGCAGGCGGAAUUGGAUUUAGGAAGAAUAAGGUGAGGGAGAUAGUGAUUUUAUGAAUUGGUAGUUCUAGGAAAACUACCCUGGCUACUGAGGUUUGCGGAGAUAAUGAAAUUUGAAUUAAGUUUUCAAUUUUGCUUCUAUUUCAAUGUUUUAGUGGCGGCCAAGGGAAGUUAAGUUUAAUUCUAAAGGAGAGGAAGAGGAAUUCGAGGGGAGAGGUCAGAGGAUCUUAAUUUUCAGUAACCAGCUCUAAUCUUAUAUUUUUCUUCCAUCCAAUUACAGUUUAGAAAAGAGAAAUAGGGUGUUAGUUUGAAAGAGUAAGCAAGAUGAUGCUCCUCCUAAAGGAAUGCAUUUUAUAAUUCAAAAGGUAACCAAAUUGAAUUCAAAGGUGGGUUUUUGAUUUGCUAUCUAGGUUUGGAAUUUCAUUCAUCAAUCUAUGUUCUUAAUGGGGUCUUUUGCAUUUCUUUCUUCUUCAAGAGUUGCAAAUUUUAAUCGAGGGGACUUGAUGGUUUUUCCUCUUGGUUUUGCAAAUUUUAAUCUUUUAAGCUUUUCUUUGCAGAUAUACAGAAUGGCUGGAUCAGAUGAGAGGGGUGAUUGAACCUGUAGAAGCUCAAGGUAA